CUGAAGAUACCCAUCAUGCAGCAUGAGUUCAAUACUUUCCUCAGUAAUGACUACCAAAAUCCAUGCUCACAUGAUGACCUUCAAACAAUAUUCCAAGUUAGUGAUAGCAAAACUGCCAUUGCCCUCUCUUACAAUGUGUUGAGUGCAGCCAUAAUUGGCAACCCACCUUCAAAUGAGAAGGCUCCAAAUAAUCCUGAAAAUCCAAGAGAUGAGCUGGUAAAUAAGAUUGAUUGGACAUAUGAUCCAGUACCAUAUGUCAUUGGGUAUUAUGCCAUUGGAACCAUACUGACAUAUGCUGCUAUAUGCCAACCUCAGCCCAGGAGGAAUAAGCCAGAUGUGGUUACCAUUUUGACACUUGACCUAAGAGAGAGAUGGCAAUGA